UUCACGUAUCUUAAAUGUUUGGUUAUAUUUUUAAAUGAUAAAUAAAAAUACAAUAGUGUUUUUGCUAGCUAGUACUUAGAAGUGAAGUUUAAUUUCAGUAGGUGCACGCAUAACCUUUAAAUUGUCUUCUUUUCUUUUAUCCACUGGAUCUUGUUGAAGAUUAAAAAAAUGUCGAGGAAAGGUGUUAGCGCUGAAGAGAAACGAAGCAGGAUGCUACAGUUAUUCCAUGAGAAAGGAGAAUGUUUCCAAUUGAAAGAACUUGAGAAAAUAGCACCGAAAGAAAAAGGUAUUAUAGCGAAUUCAGUUAAGGAUGUUGUUCAGAAACUGGUCGAGGACGGUUUAGUUGAAACGGAUAAAAUCGGUACUUCCGUGUAUUUCUGGUCAUUUCCAAGUAAAGCUAUUGGAACGAAAAAGAGAAAAAUAGGUGAACUUCAAAUCGAGUUAGAAGAAUCUAGUAAAAAAUUAAAAAUAAUGCAACAAACCAUAGAGCAAUCAAAAGAUUGCAAAGAUGAACAUAACACAAGGAACAAAGUCCUCGAUGAAAUCGGUGAUUUAGAAUUGGAGUUAAACGAACUUAAAAAGAAGUUGAAGACUUUCCAAGAAAAUGAUCAUGGAGCAUAUAAAUCUGUUUUAGAAAAUACAAACAAAUUAAAAGAUGCUGCUAACAGAUGGACAGACAACAUAUUUGCAACAAAAUCUUGGUGCAAGAAAAAGUUUUUUAUAGAAGACAGUGUUCUGAAUAAACAAUUUGGCAUUCCUGAAGACCUAGACUAUAUUGAAUAAAAACACUAAAUUUUUUUUAUAAAAGCCUUAUUUUUAUGUAGAAUAUACAUUUUAUUUUUA